AAAGAGAAGAAUCGAUUUCAACUGAGGCGGAUUUGCUAUUCAAGCUCAAUUUCAUUACUUUGUUUGUGAACACAUUAGGAUCAUGCUCAACAAGAGGGAAAGCUGACGAGAGUGUGUUGGAAUACAUAAAGGAAGACACGGACUUGAAAUCAAAUUGACUGGAGUAGAUAUUUGUGGAUGUGCAUUAAAGAGUGCAAAAAAGGCUGGAGUUUUGACAUGAGCAAAAAAUAUUUUGCUGGACCAGCAACAAUACUGACGUUAUUGUACUUGGAUGGUACAAAGUGCACAUCCAUUCAAGUGGAACGAAUUAGGCCCGCAAUGUUGAAAUGGAAUUAUGACCUGAUGAGCUACCGAGAAGAGGAAGAGAUAAAAAAUGGUGGCUUCGGAAAGUUAGAGAUCGUUCGAGAUUAUCAAAGAAUUGAUGAGGAUGACCAAAAAGUUAACAAAUUUAGAAUCAAUGAUUGGCUACUUCUGACUUUUAAACCUGAAAAUGUGAAGGAAUAUAUGGAUCACUUGGGAACAUUGGAAAGGUUGAUAAAUGGACAACAAGAGAUUAUGCAAACAAUAGCUCGAGAAGCAUGUAAGAAGUAUCCAAGCCAUGAGGAGGUGAAAAAAUGGAUGGAUAAACUGGAACUAAUGUUUGGGCGAGAGCAACAUAUGUACACCACACCCAAGAAAAAUGUUCAAAAAGAGUGUGCUGAUAAAAGUGGUGAGAAUAUGGAGGGGGGGAAAAUGGGUAGUCCACCUAGCCCAUUCUGGUUCUGUGCUACCCUAGAAAGGACAGUUUCAAAAGUAGAAAAUGAGGCAAGUCUAAGAAGAUCACGUGAAAUAAGUGUGAGACUGAAUCAUGAUGAUGUGCCAAGCUUUAGUUUGGGGUUGACACAAGAUAUGGAUAAUGUAAUGGAAAAUGAGACCUUGUUGGCACCGGACGAGGUAAAAGGAAAUGAAAUUGUGUUGUCCCAAUCGGCGAGGGGAAAAGAGGUAGACAUGGAUGUCAAACCACUUGACAGUUGCGUACCUGCAAUCGCAAAUGUUGCUGCUAAGUUGGACCGAGGUAGAAGGAACUUGAAGUUACCUGCAACAUUCAAGUCUCCAUAUGUAAAGCGAGUUGUCGAUAUAUGUGCUCGACUUAGUAAACUCGAUAUGAAAGUGUGGCAACUACUUAAUGAUGGAGUCGGAAACAACACGGAUAUUAUUUUUGCGACAAAAAAUGGAUGUGAGAGUGUGCGUGACUCGGUUUGUAGCCUUGCACGACAAGGUUGGGUAGCUGUAGAUGUUAUAGACAGUUGGGCUGCACUGUUAAACAUUGAUGAAGAGAAAAGAAACAUCUCUUCACCAUUUAGAUUAUUCUGUCACACAGGAAUGACGGUACUAACAAAAUCUCUUUUUUAUAUAGUAAACCAUCUAAUAUAUAGUGAUCUUCAUAACACAUGUGCUACAGAGAAAUUGCAUUAAUCAGCAAGAUAAAGAUGAGGCAGUGAGGAUGAAAUUAUUCAUGUCAGGCCUUGUGGAAGUUAGCUCAAAUCCUGCAUUGAUGAUCCUGAAAGAUGUUGACCUGAUUUUCUUUCCAAUUCUACAAGAUAGGCAUUACUACUUAAUCUGUUACAAUCUAAAGACAUCAUCCUAUGAUAUUAUUGACAACCAAGUAGUAUUAUUGGUAGCUGAACAAAAAUAUGGAAAAGCUCCGAAAAUAUUGCAUACAUUGUUUAUGAAAUAUUUGGAAAACGUUGGACAUACAUCAUGGUCGGCACUUAAGGAUAUGAAGCCAUCAGUUAUGGAAAUGAACUGGUGCACAACAAGCAAUAGCGAUGAUUGUGGCGUUUUCUUGAUGCGUCACAUGGAGUGUUUCAUGGGCGAAAGAAUUGGGAAAUGGGAAUGUGGGUUGGAUCAUGAAGGCGGUUUAAAGAAAAAGCAGAUAGGUAUACUACGAAAGCACUACACCACAAAGUUGUUGAUGUCACCGCACAAUUUGCACAGAAACAAGAUUGUGAAAGAAGCGAACGAGUAUGCUUUAAAUACGAAAACCAAGUGAAGGACUUAGAUCAGUGAACGUUUGCUAUGGUGGUCUACAGUCUUUGUUUUGAGUUUUAAUAAUCCUCCUCUAGUUUAUGACUAGUUCUUUUCUUUUUUGUUUUUUUACCUAGCAUUUUGAUAAGUCGCAAUAAGAAUUUUAUGAAGGUUUUUUUUUUUUUUGGCUAGUUAUUUGAAAACUGAUAGCAUAUGUAUGCACUUUCGUAGUGAAAAUUCAUGUUUCAUGGAAUU